UAUACUUCACGUGGACUCGACUAUGUUGGUCACGGGCACGCUCUUGAUCCUCUCGGUCUUGCUGCUGGCCACGCUUCUCAUAUGGCGUCGGCGGCACUUCUCGUACUUCAAGAGGAUCGGCAUUCCGGGGCCGAAACCAAGCCUAAUCUGGGGAAAUCUCAGGGAAUAUCACUCGAUGGAAAUCUACAAAGUAAUAGGAAAAUGGCUGGAUCAAUACGGGGACAUUGUUGGGUUCUACAAUGGCGACGCUCCUUUUGUCGUGACUAGGGACAUAAACUUCGUCGAGCACAUCUUUGUGCGCAACUUUCAAAACUUCGUUGAUCGAGGCUUUACAAUGAUGACUGACCAAAUGCAUCCCGUCUUGAAAAAGUCCAUCAUGCACGUUGGAGGGCUUCCCUGGAAAAGUAUUCGGUCGUCUGUGACCUAUGGGAUGAGUGCCAACAAGCUUAAACAGAUGAUGCCUCACCUCGAAGAAGAUGCGAACAUAUUCAUCAAGUCAUUGGAAAAGCACGCGGAUACCGGGGAAGAAGUGCUCAUGAUUCGCAAGUUGGAGGAACUCUCCAUGGACUACGUGGCACGAGGAUCGUUCGGCAUUGACGAGCGCUUUCAAGGGAAUCCUGAUCACCCACUCGUUGCCAUCGCCAAGGCUACUUUAAGGGGCACCAUGAAGGGCCCUCUUCACAAGAUCGCACAGAGUACGACAGCCUUCGGGCUACUCAUGAAGCCUUUCUACUGGCUCUCGCCUCUCUUAGGAGAGUAUACAUUUGAGAACCUGAAUAAACAGACAGCCAAGGUCAUUCAGCUGAGAAAAAGCAAUCCCUCGCUACGAAAGCCUGACAUCUUGCAAAAUCUCCUCGACGCUGAGUACGUCGAGGCUGAAGAGGAACGUGGCGACUACAAAGUUGGAAAUGGAAGCGUUAGGAGCAGAGCUCUAACAACCGAAGAAAUUAUAAACGCCUCUUCUGUGCUUUUCAUCGCUGGGUUUGAAACUACAGCAACAGCUCUAAGCUACAUAUUCUUCGCAUUAGCAAAGCACCCGGAUGUACAAGAGAAACUUCGGCAAGAAGUGAUCGAUGCGAUCGGCACCAACGGUUCUUUGGACUAUGAAACAGUCAUGAAGAAGCUGAAGUACUUGGAGAAAGUAGUAGACGAAGGGCUACGCCUUUAUCCACCGGGACUAACGUUUGUGACACGGCAAGCGAAAGAAGACUUUGAGUACAACGGCAUCAAAUUUAAGGCUGGCACAAACUUCAUGGCAGCGCAGUACCAGAUACUAACGGACUCGCGAUAUUUCUCUAACCCCAUGGAGUUUAAUCCCGACAGGUAUUCACCAGGAAAUGAGGCCUCGUUUACGAAAGCGGCGCACAUACCAUUCGGUGUUGGGCCUCGUAACUGCGUUGGAAUGAGGCUGGCAUUGCUCAAAAUUAGGUACACUGUGGCCAGGAUGGUCCAGAAGUACAGGUUGGAACUGGGGCCUUCUCAGAAGGGAACCAUGGAACUCAGCCAAUAUGCUAUGGUAUCAACGCCUGCAAGGGGCCCCUGGAUUGUUCUGCACAGUUUGGCGAAUGAACGCUGUGGCAGCGAUUCGCAUUAUUCGCACUGUAAAUAGUCAUACGCAAUC